AUGAAAAUUAAGGUCGGAAUUAACGGGUUCGGGAGAAGAGGACGAAGCCUUUGUCGUGUGUUACUAAAGCAUGAGGAGUUUCAGAUUGUGGCAAUCAAUGAUCCCUUUCUCACUGCGACGGAAAUGAUGAAUCAACUCACCUUCGACUCCAUCUAUGGGAUUCUAAAUGGAAUUACUGUUACUAGCGAGGACUCUAUUUCACUUCUUGGGCAGCCCGUUCAUACCACUCACUGCAUGUCCCCCAUCGAGAUACCUUGGAAGCAGUAUGGGGUAUCUGUUGUAUUCGAGUGCUCAGGGCGUUUUACGACUCUGACUCAGUGCGAAGGACACCGUGCAGCAGGUUGUGAACGAGUGAUUGUUGCCACUCCCAGCAAAGACAUUCCUAUGGUGUGCAAGCAUGUAAGCGAGUCGACUGCUCCCAUCAUCUCGAUUGCUUCUCCCUCCACAUGCUGCAUGGCUCCGCUCCUUCAGAUCCUUUCCACUCUAUCACCCAUCGAUCACGUUUCGUUCACUGUUGUUCACUCGAUUACAUCGCAACAGCAAGUCAUGGACCAGAUAAAUCCAGAGGAAACUGACCUGCGAGUGGGUCGAGCUGCAGGACUGAACAUCAUUCCAAUGAGAAGCAGUGCAUCGCAGUGUCUGCCUCUUCUUUUGCCUUGGACCGAAGGGCACUUGUCUGGCCACUCUGUGCAUGUCCCGUCAUUUAACGGCUGUCUUGCGGAGAUUGAUGUGCAGUUCUCCACCUACCAGUCCAGAGAAGCAGUGUUGUCGCACUUGCAGGAUUCAGUGAAAUAUGGAGGAAUGAAGGAUGUGAUCGGCUUGACGGAUGAAGAUCUAGUGAGUAGCGAUUUGUUACAAUGUCCUACGAGCUGCGUAGUAGACCAGAAGUUGUUGUCAGUGUGUAAUAACCAUCUUCAUCUGUCGUGCUGGUUCGAUAAUGAAUGGAGCUAUUGCUCUCGUGCAAUCGAGUUCGCGAUGUAA